AUGAAUGGUGCCACAGUCAGUUCCCUCAAGGUACUCACCAAGAAAGGCAAUGCUACUUUUAAUUUGUGGGCUCAAAGUGUUCAGCAAGGGGCACAGUGGAAGAAAGUAGAAGUGUUUUUAGGCAUUCAUGUACACACACAGAUUGUCUUCAGAGCAAAAUGUCAUGUCAGUUACGUGAGAGAUGUAACGGUGGAUGAUAUUUCCGUUCAAGAUUAUCCCCCUUUACUUAGCCCAGACAGAAAGUGUACUGCUCAAGAAUUCACGUGUGCUAACAAGCACUGCAUUGCCAAGGACAAGCUUUGUGAUUUUUUGAAUGAUCGUGCUGAUAAUUCAGAUGAGAGUCCUUUCAUUUGCAUACAGAAGAUAAAUGAAUCUUCAAAAUAUGAGUUGGUUAUGCUUUAUGAAUUUGUACGCCAGAUUGCUCCCAUUUAUAGUACUAUUCCAGAUGUGAUCCUCUUACACCUUCAAACCCCCAUGUACUAUUUGCUUAGCAACUUGUCUUUCUUAGACAUCAGUUAUUCUAUAGCAAUCACUCCUAAAAUGCUGGAAAAUUUCACAGCCUUCAGGAAGAGCAUCUCCUUCUAUGGCUGUGUACUGCAAAUGUUUUUCUUUGCUUGUUUUGCUGAUGCCGAGUGCAUUAUCCUGGCAGCAAUGGCAUAUGACCGCUAUGCAGCCAUCUGUAAACCAUUGCUCUACUCCACACUGAUGUCUAGGAGAGUAUGUAACUGGUUCAUUGUGUUGGCAUACUUAGGGGGAACCAUGACCUCAAUGGUCCACGUGUGCUUCACAUUCAGGCUGCCCUUUUGUGGCUCCAAUGUUGUCAACCAUUUUUUCUGUGACAUCCCGCCUCUCCUGGCUUUAUCAUGUGCAGAUUCCCAUAUCAAUGAGCUUCUGCUCUUUGCCUUGUGUGGCCUCAUCCAGUCCAGCACUUUUGUGGUCAUAUUUAUCUCUUACAUCUGCAUCCUCACCACUGUUUUGAGCAUCAAGUCCUCAGGUGGCAGAAGCAAAACAUUCUCCACCUGUGCUUCCCAUCUCACAGGAGUCACCUUAUUUUAUGGAGCACUCCUGUUUACAUACUUACGUCCCACCACCAAUUACUCUCCUGACACUGAUAAGGUGGUUGCAUUGUUUUAUACUGUUGUCUUUCCCACGUUCAACCCAAUAAUCUACAGCUUCAGAAACAAGGAUGUAAAGAAAGCACUCAACAAGCUAUUAGAAAGAAACUGGAUUUUCAAAUGA